CAUGGAGGCUCCGCCCCCCACACGAAGUGCAGGGGGGAGAGACCUGGGGGAUCCCCAUCUGCGCAGGUUCCAACCUGAGUGAGGGCGGGCCCGGCGCCGGCUGAGGCGUCUGGCGGGGGAGCCUGACCUGGGGCAGCGCUGCGGGGGAGGAGGGGUGGGGGAGGCCGGGGCCGACUGCUAGGCUGGGAGCUGCCGGGAGAGGGGCGGGGGGCGGCCCCUUUCCAGGAAUUUCCGGGGAUCAAGUUACAGCGCUCGCGGAGGGAGAGCCGAGUGGGACGCGAGGCCCUGCAGCCGACCGGGCCCCUCGCCCCCUCCUCCAGCCGUCCACCGGCGGUGCCGUGCCAUCCCUGCCCACACUGACCCCGUGUGGCGGGGCCGCUCCGCGCCCCCGGGCCGCUCUGUUAUGCGUCCCCGAGGCCACGGGUUCCCGUAGGCUCCCCCUGGCCCCGAGUUAUAGUCGGGACCCCUCGGUCGCGGGUGAUUGUCGGGUCUCCACGGGCCCGGGUCGUUGGGGCGGAUCAGGCCUCCGCGCCUUCUCAGGGCGCCCCGCAAGGCCGCAGGCAAGAUGAACCUUCUGGCGCCAGUGCGGAGGGACCGCGUCCUCACGGAGCUGCCCCAGUGCCUGAGGAAGGAGGCCGCUUUGCACGUGCACAAAGACUUCCACCCCCGCGUCACCUGCGCCUGCCAGGAGCACCGGACAGGCACCGUGGGCAGAUUUAAGAUCUCCAAGGUCAUUGUGGUGGGGGACCUGUCAGUGGGGAAGACUUGUCUCAUUAAUAGGUUCUGCAAAGACAUCUUUGAUAAGAACUACAAGGCCACCAUCGGAGUAGACUUUGAGAUGGAACGAUUUGAGGUGUUAGGCGUCCCUUUCAGUCUGCAGCUCUGGGACACCGCUGGACAGGAGAGAUUCAAAUGCAUUGCAUCAACCUACUACCGAGGAGCUCAAGCCAUCAUCAUUGUCUUCAACCUGAAUGAUGUGGCCUCCCUGGAACAUACCAAGCAGUGGCUAGCUGAUGCACUCAAGGAGAACGACCCUUCCAGUGUGCUUCUCUUCCUCGUGGGUUCCAAGAAGGACCUGAGUGUGAGUGUGCCAGUGGAGGGAAUUCCCACCUUGUCAAGGGAAACCCCACCCCCCCAGCAUCUGACUCUGACUUUCCCCCAGACUCCAGCUCAGUAUAUGCUAAUGGAGGAAGAUGCACUCAAGGUGGCGCAAGAGAUGAAGGCUGAGUACUGGGCAGUCUCAUCUCUCACUGGUGAAAAUGUCCGGGAGUUCUUCUUUCGUGUGGCGGCACUGACCUUUGAGGCCAACGUGCUGGCUGAGCUGGAGAAAUCGGGGUCCCGGCGCAUUGGGGAUGUUGUCCGCAUCAACAGUGAUGACAGCAACCUCUACCUAACUGCCAGCAAGAAGAAGCCCAUGUGUUGCCCAUGAUGGGUGAGAGGACUGUCCAGAGACUGCCCAGCCCUGGGGCAGUGUGCUACCUUGACUCCCCCAGAGCUCAACCCCUGGACAUUUGCACUGACUGUUUUUCCAGACCAAAGAGCUACCCCUUGGUGGCAGUAUCCCCAGAGAGGUAGCUGGGACCAUGCUAGUCACUUCCUGCUCCCAGGCACUGUGCCAAAAAUUGGAUGCCCCCUCUCCUCCAGAGGCUCUCCAGGGUGCCCAGUGGUGGGGAGGUGGGUGGGCCCUGCUCCUCUUACUCAGCCUGCUGGGCCCUCUGGGUUUGAGGAUGCUUAAUGGUCCCAGCCUCACACUAAGCCUUAUGCAUUAAAAUAUCUGUUAUUAGCA